AUGACAACUCAAACAGGUAAGACUUCACUGAAUCUACUACAGCACUAAGAAAUACAGAAAUACUACUAAGAAAUAGAGCUAAAUAACUAAGUCAAUUCUAUAGUUUCACUACACCGCAAAAACAAAAAAUUGAGUCUUUUUUUGGUCUUAUCUGUGGUUUUGAAAAAAAAAUUGCGACAUGAUUUAAAACAAAAGAAAUGACAAACCAAAAAAAAGCAUCCUCUGCUCUCAGAUUUAAGAUUUUCUGUUUUUUGCACUUAAGAUUUUGUGUCGUUUUACAAAAAUUUUUGAGAAUUUUUGAUAUGUUUUUUUUUUUUGUUCAAUACAAGAAACUCUGUUCUUCAUUUUCACUUGUAAUUUCAUGCAACAAGACAUUUAUCUAGACAUCUUCAGGUGAAUGUGGAUUAUUUUACGUAUUAUUUAAGAUUUCAAGAAGAAAUAAGACAAAAUUUCGAGUUUUUGCAAUGUUGAAGGGAAGUGUCAAAAAGUAUGUUUGUUUGUUAAAAUCAGAAUUUUAAAAGGUUGUGUCAGGUGUUUUUCAUUUUUAUUUGCAGACAGACGUCUUUUGUGCAAUAAUUUUGCUGAACUUUUUAUAAAAAAUUUUAAAAAUGCACAUUAUUUUUGAAUGUGUGUUAUCAUGGAAUCUAUGUAAAGUUAACGCAUGAUGCUCCAAAAAUGUUCAGUCUUUUCAAGCCCAAAAUUAGGCUUAUGUGGAAAGUUACUGUCUUAAAAAUUCAACUUUUGACAUCUAUUUAGACACUUUAGUACUUUUUGAUUAUUUACUUUAGAAUACAAAAUGGAAAUGUUGCAAAAAACAUUGAUGCAGCACGAUUUGCUUUAACUGCACCGUUGAGUCGUCACGUUUGUCGUAUAUUUCCAGUGAUCAGCUGUUUUUUUCUUUUUACGACAUUCUGAGUGUGUAACUGUUUCUGUCUGUCAACUUUGAGUCAUCUCGUAAAACUUUUCCUCCUCUGCUCGCUCUUACUCACUCACUCCUCGUCAGCCCUCUGGUACGAUGAGUCAGUCACGCUCAGUAUCUGUUUACUACUUCGCUCACGGACGUUCAGGUCGACAUGAAUCACAUCUUUGUGUUGUUGUUUUUUUCUCCCCAGCAGACAGGAUGACCCAGUUGCCGUUGGAGGUUCAGCUCAGAUGCUGCAUCUGUCUGGACACUUACGCCGACCCCGUCUCCAUCCCAUGCGGACACAACUUCUGCUUGGACUGCAUCGAAGGAUUCUGGGACACGAAGGACCAGUCUCAGUGUCCUCUGUGCAAAGAGACGUUCAGGAAGCGUCCUGAGCUCAGGGUGAACCGAGAACUCGCCGACAUCGUGGAGAUAUUCAAAAGGUUUGUUCGAUCGCCGUUUGAUUUAGAGGAAUAAAAAAAAAGGAAGUUUAACCAAGACUGAAGGUGAUUAUUCUUUUAAAAUUAAAAGGUUGGUGACUCCAGCUCCAAACCCAGAAGAAGAGGAGGCUCAGAACCAGAACCAGCUUCACAACAAUGAAGUCCCCUGUGACAUCUGCCACGGGCACAAGUCCACCUCGGUGAGGUCGUGUUUGGUGUGUCAGGCGUCGUACUGCGAACUCCACCUCGCCCCGCACCUGAGGGACCCGGCGCUGCAGAGACACCGCCUCACGGACCCGGCCACCUUCACCUGCAGCCACCUCUGCAGGAAACACAACAAACCGCUGACCCAGUUCUGCAGGAAGGACCAGACGCCGGUGUGUGAGGAGUGCGCCGAGAAGGACCACAAGAGGCACGCCGUGGUCGUCAUAGAGAAGGCCAGCAGGAGGGUGAAGGUAAGACCGAGCUGAUUCUAUCCACCUGCUGCUUUUUAGAUGUUGAACAAAUGUGCUAAUCUGGUGUUUUUGGACUUUUACAGUCUCAUCUGAAGGAGACCAAAGCCGAAGUUCAGCAGAUGGUCAACGCGAGACUGAGAAAAAUGGAGCAAAUCAAGAAUUCUGUGGAUCUCAGCAGAGUAAGUUUGCGCUUUUACACAAAAUUCAUCUUUUAAUUUUUUUGAUUUUCUGAAAAUUUACAAAGUCGUGUUUUCGAAUCGACAGAAAAUCAAAGAGCGAGAAGUCCAGAAGAGCGCUCAGGUCUGCUCCCUGCUCAUCAGCGCCGUGCAGAGACACCAGGCCGAGCUGGUGGAGGAGCUCGCCGCGAGGCAGCAGGAGGCGGAGAGGAGGGCGGAGGAGCUGCUGGAGAAGCUGGAGGAGGAGAUCCGGGAGCUGCAGCUGAGGAGCAGCGAGCUGCAGCACCUGGAGCUCACACAGAACCCGCUACACCUCCUACAGGUGGGAUACCUGAACUACACCUGCGACACCUUUAAAGCGUGUAAAAGGACUGUGCUCAUGAGAUUCCUCUCUGUUUUCAGAGUUACCCGUCUCUGCGUGAACUCCCGUCGACCAGAGAUUGGACCGAGGUCGUGGUUCACCCGGAUAACUGCAUGGAGACGGUCAGCAGAUCCUUCUGCAAGCUUGUGGAUGUUUGUCAAGAGCUCACAAACAAACUCACAGCAGAAGGUAAACUUUGGCGGAUUUAGUCCACAGAUUUUCAGUUUCUGCAAAAUCAUGCAUGAAAAUAACCUUUUUAUUCUCGUUUUUCUGCAGAAGCCGACAAGAUGCAACAGUACGCAGGUGAGCUCACAAUCACACAUCCUGCCGUUUUUGUUAGAAACCCUUUAAAACCAGGAUUAGUAGAUUUGUUUUCACCUGACUCACUGUUUUCCCUCUUUGUCUCUGCAGUCGACGUCACCCUGGAUCCUGAGACGGCGUCGGGCUGGCUGCUCCUCUCUCCAGACAGAAAGAAGGUAAGACGCCACAUCGUUUGAUCCGUGGGAAGUGCGGGGUCUAAAAAUGAAACCGGAGAAGGAAGUGUUUGUGUCGGCAACAGUCUCUCACAGUUUUUCUAAAAUAGAGGUGAAAAAGUUGAUCUGUGAAAACCUGAAGCUGAAAAAUCUCGAUCGUGACGCUGAUUUUAUCGGUUUUUUUUUAGGUGAGCAGUCAAAAGAAGAAAGAUCCCGUCACGGAUAACCCUCAGAGAUUCGACGCCUGCGUCUGCGUGUUGGGGAAACAGAGCUUCAGGUCUGGCAGGUGCUACUGGGAGGUUCAGGUACGAGAUCUAUUCAAAUUCAGAUUGAUCGAUCGAUCGAUUGAUUCUGCGGUUGUCUGACUCUUCGUUUUGCUCGCUGUGUUUCAGGUGGGAGAUAAAACAGACUGGGAUCUCGGCGUAGCGAGGGAAUCCAUCAACAGGAAGGGCGCCAUCUCAGUGCGUCCGGACAGCGGUUUCUGGGCGAUCUGUCGGAGGAAAGGCGGGAGUCUGAGGGCGUGCGCCAGCCCCUCCGUCGCCCUCCAUUCCCAGGAAGCGCCCAAGAAAGUGGGCGUGUACCUGGAUUACGAAGAAGGGUCGGUGUCCUUCUACGACGCCGACGCUAAGACUCUCAUUUACACGCACCGAGAGUGCGACUUCACGGAGCCGCUCUACCCGUACUUUAACCCCUGUGUUCAGGAAAACGGGAAAAACACGGCGCCGCUGAUCAUCUGUCCUCUCCAGGGACGGGACAUAACCAUCGAGUCGGACGUUUGAUUUUGUUCAUGAACGGAGACGUUUGUCACUUUGAGUUUAGAAACAUUUGAACCUUUUUAGGUUUUAAACACAUUUAUUUACUGUAACAGUAUUUAACCAUCACUGGCCUGAAUUAGG